GUAAAGACUUGUUCUUUGGAAGUUUGUUGCAUUUAAUUUCAUUUAAAGCAAUUACGUAAAGCUUGCUAUUAGAUUUGCAGCACUUGGUCAGUUGAGAGAGCAAAAUAAGACGUCUGCUAUUUUUUUCCUUAGCAGAAGCAAUACAGCAAAAGGAGCUUUGUACUUUCUUCAUUGUUAAAUAGCUUGAACUUUGUUGAAGGUGCAAGGAGCUUUUCCUUACUUUGUGCUCUCUGGUUGAAGAAGACUUCCCAAAGUGCACUCUAUACAAGUUGCAUUAGUUCCUGUGCACGGCUUGCAAUAUGUCCUUGACGGUGAAAGAAAAGGCUAAUGUCCGUCUUGUCUUCUUCGGAGCAGCGGGAGUGGGCAAGACUGCCCUCGUCCACCGGUUCCUGCACGACCAGUUCGAGUCCAAAUACAAAAGAACUGUGGAAGAACUACACAUCCUUGAGUACGAAGUGGGCAGCAUGAAGAUCAAAAUCGAGGUUAUGGACACGAGUGGUAGCUACUCCUUCCCAGCAAUGAGGAAGCUUUGCAUUCGCAACGGUGAUGCCUUCGCUCUUGUCUACUCUUUGAAUGACCCGGACUCGUUUGAGGAAGUAAAGAGGCUUCGGGAUGAGAUUUUGGAGCUCAAAGAUGGCAAGGACACCCCAAUCGUGGUUGUAGGCAACAAGGCUGAUGCUGCUGAUGGUGCGCAAAGCAUGUCCGAGGACGUGAUGUCAACGGUGGAGCUGGACUGGAACAACAUCUACCUAGAGACCUCGGCAAAAACCAACAAGCAGGUAGUGGCCCUCUUUAAGGAGCUGCUGCAGCAGGUCAACUUACCUAGCAGACUGAGCCCAGCUUUGCGCAGAAGAAGGGAAACCAUCCCCAAGGAACAGGACUCCCGACCACCCAUGAAGAAGACCAACAGCUGCACCGUUUCCUGAAUGAAGCACACCUUUUGUUGUCAGAACUGCUUUGAAUGCAGAAAAACUUGCUUAGGGUCCCAUUAGAACAGAGCAAAAUGAAAACAACCAGGACUUUACUGACAGUUUAGUUUUUCUUUCCUUUGUAAUUAUUAUUAUUAUUAUUACUGGUUAAGUUAUUUCCUAUGGAACAAAAACGUUUAUGACCAGUUUGUCAGUGAUAAGCUUCCUUUUAAGCAGGUAUAUUAUCAUAUAAAACUAAAGAUAUAUUGUGUAUGCUGGUGCCUUAUGGUGCCCCAUUGGUGAUGUUCAUAAAGUGUAAAUUUAACUGACAACUUCUUGAGAUUCGAGCCUCCCCAGAUGGGUCAAAUUUGGAAAUGAAUGAAUAAUAGUUCAGACAAGGUGUCCUUACAGUUGUGAUAAAUUUUCAUUUUAAUAAAAUGACCACCUGGGGAGUAAAACUGUUUUUGGCAGCUCAUGUACUGUUAUCAAUGAACAUUGUGUUGAUAAACCGGUUCUAACUCCAAAUUGGAGGAAUGUGUAACUCAUGUUUUUUGAGACAGCGUUCACAUUAUUUCUGUGCAUCAUUUUUUUUACCAUUUUGUUUAUUUUUAAGAAAUCAGUUGUGCUGUAUAUUAUUUAAAUUCCUGUUUUGCAUGCAAAAUGUCUCUAUAUUGUCUGCACUGAAACAUUUUCUCUGUGACUUUGGUAGAUGCUGCAGACUGAAAACAAACUGCAGUGUAAUAAAAGUAUUUAUUCAUA